AUGAGUGAAGAAAAAGACUACCUUACGGGUAGCACCUCCGCAGGGAGUCACAGUGGUGAAGCAAAAGACCAACAAGGGGAAGUGGUGAACAACCCCAACAGCGGUUGUGAUAGUAAGACGGAUACUGAACAAGGAGGUAUUAUCGAUGCGGAGCAAGAAGGUAAAGCAGUUAAGGAAAGAAACGCAGACGGGCGAGCGGAAAAAAUGAAGAAGAAAAAGAAGAAGAAGUGGCGGACGGAAGAGCGGGUAGAAGCAGCAGCCGGAGCGCGCAUGAAACAGAAAAAAAAGGGGAAGAAUAAAUCGGAAGGGAAAAGGGAAAACGGAAUGGACGAGAAAAUCACCCCGCAGAAGGGAUCUGAAAAGUCCAACCGUCUAGCGGCAAAAAAGAAGAGCCAAAAGGGAGAGAAAAAUGUCAAAAAGGGGACGGACUAUGAGGACACCACGGGAAGCGACCUGUGCAACUCCAGUGUGAGGAGUAACAACACCAUAAGGGGGAAGAGCAUUUUUGCAAACGAAGAAAUUGAUGAAAGUGACGAUGAAUACAACUUGAGUAGGCUCGGGAAUUUCGACCUGAAGCAUUACGAAGAUUUGGACAUUUUGGGCUACGACAUUUGGGGGAACAAAAUCGAGAAGAAGGACGAAAACGCGAUUGACGAUUUUAUCGAGUCCAAGACGGACAAAAACGCUUGGAGAAAAAUAAAGGAUAAAAAAAACAAUCGAAUUGUUGAACUAACAAAUCAGGACUUGGAAAUAAUCAGAAGCAUUCGUCAGAACAAAGUGGCGAAACAUCUGAACGAGGAAAAUUACGUGUACGAAAAUGAAAAGGAGGAAUACAAAUUGGGAAUGAAGGAGCCAGCCAACCGCAAGUACAAACAGUCACCAGAGGAAAAAAGAAAAAUAGAACAAAUAAUAAGGCAUUUAAUGGAUAAGGAAAAAAAUCCAGAGAAAUACAAAAAUGAAGACGAUGAAUAUAAGUUGCUCUACGAUCUGUGGAGGAAUAAAAUUUACGACGAUUUUAACAACUUUAAUCAAAUGAGUUUGCCAAAUAUUUUGCCAGGACAUAAAUACAGUUACAAUCCUCCCCCUGAGUUAAUGCCCAAUUCAGCGGAGAGAAGAAAAAUAUUAAAACAAAAUAAUGAUGCUUUUAUUCCACAAAAUUUUGAAAAAAUCAGAAAUAUCGAAUUUUAUAAAAAAACAUAUUUCGAAUUGUACCAAAGGUGUUUGGAUAUUUAUCUCUGCUCAAGGUCAUUAAAAAAUGUCCUUCAUAUUAAGAAGGAAGAUUUGCUCCCCAAAUUGCCAUCCACCCGGUCGCUGAAGCCGUAUCCGCAAUAUGCAUUUGUGAAGUAUACCAUGGAGGAUGCAGUAAGUGGGGAUGGAAAUAAAUACCUCAGCCAGAUAGACAUAAGCGAAGAUCGCCACAUUGUAUACGUAGUUGAAUGUGGCAAGCUUUACAUUUUCGACGUUCUGACGUCGUACAAUAUUGCCGUGAUAGAUCUGGCCUACUACUAUGAGGCGACACUGCCCAAAGGGAAAGGCGCAGAAAAAAACGGAGGAACAAUUUUUGAUAACAUUCGUAUAAAGGCCAAUAAGGCGUAUGACAUUGUGGCGAUUUCCUUUGCAAAUAUGAUUCUGCUUAUUCACUAUGAGAACUUUAUCCCGCCGGCCAAGGCAAGUGGGGACAAUAUGGAGGAAGUUUACCGCACUGACUCCAAACGGAGGAAGAAUUCCGAUCAGGACGAUGAGGAAAAUAGCAGAAGUGACGAAACAUCGUCUGAAGGGCGUGACAGUGAGGCGGACGCCGCACAUUUAUCCGACGAGGAAGAUGACGAUUUUGAGGGUUCUCUGGAUGAGGGUGAUGACGAUGGCGAUGAUGAUGCCGAUGAGGAUGAUGAAUUAAACAAGAAAGAGGAAGACGCGGAGGAGACGCCCUCGAGGGGGAAUUGUAAACCGAUGAGCAGAACCAUGGCUUAUUGUAAGACGAAAGGUCUACUCAGCGUGUUUCACAAAAAUUUUAAAACUUCGGACGAAUACGUGUACUCCCCCGAUGUGGACGUGAAGUGGAAGUACAUAAAACCGAAUGACCGGAAGAUAAAGUAUUGCGUCGCAAUCCAGCAUGAGGGAAAAAUAAGGAACUUCUCGUGGAACAAAAAUGGAAAUUACCUCUCUGUAACGUGCUUACGAAAAGUUGGACAGUACCACUACUGCUACUUGCAUCAUUUAAAAUCAAUGAAGUCAAUCAAGCUGAUAAAAAAGUACAAUCAGAAGAGAGGCGACCUCGUUCAGUCCAUGUUUUUUCCCUCUAGUCCUUAUUUCUUGGCAGCAUUUCAAAACGGCAUCACGAUAUAUAACCUGAAAGCCAAGUCCAAGAAUGAGAGAAUCGUAAAAAAACUGAGAGGCAUUCAAAAUAUAACAUGUGUGGAUGUACACAUUAACGAAAGUUACAUUUUAUCCUCGGAUGAAAAGGGGAACGUGUUCAUUUAUGACCUGGACCUGUCGUCGAACCCUUACAAGAAAUUUCACCUCCAGGAAUGUUCCUUGAAGAAGGUGGAGUUUCAUAAAAAGUACAAUUUGUUUUAUUCGUUAAGUUCAAAUGGAGUAGUGAACUUGUUUUAUGCGAAGUUUUUCCAAGACUAUGUGACAAAUCCUGUUUUGUUGCCAAUUAGGCAGCUGUCCAGUGAGUCAAAGAUUAGCGACGUCACCUGGUCGGGCAGGAGCCCAUGGUUGUUUGCACACACGGAAGGAAAUUUUUCCGUCCUGUAUACAUAG